ACACAAAAAGCAGAGGAGGAGGAGUAGUAGUUGCCCCUCUGGCUUUCCCUUUCCACUCUCACUCUCACUCACGCCUCUCUCUCUCUCAACCUCCAGCCCUCCAAAAACAACUGACCAAGUGAAUUCAGAAUCCCCCCACAACCACCAACAUGUCCCUUCUCUUCUCAUCACUCGCGUUUCUCCUGCUAAUCACCACCACCACCUCAUCACCGGCGGCGACUCCCCUCCGCCGCGGAUACUACUCCGCCACCUGCCCUCCCGCCGAGUUCAUCGUCAGGGAGGUCAUGAGAAAGUCACUCCUCUCCGACCCACGAAGCGCUGCCUCCGUUAUGCGCUUCCAGUUCCACGACUGCUUCGUCAAUGGAUGCGAUGGUUCAAUGCUGAUGGAUGACACAGACACCAUGCUUGGGGAAAAGCUCUCCCUCUCCAACAUCGAUUCCCUCCGAUCGUACGAGGUCGUCGACGACAUCAAGGCCGAGCUCGAGAAAGCUUGCCCCGGCGUGGUCUCCUGCGCCGAUAUCAUCAUCAUGGCUUCUCGCGACGCUGUUUCCCUGACGGGUGGGCCGAACUGGGAAGUGAAGCUGGGCCGGCUGGACAGCCUAACGGCGAGCCAGGCCGACGCCGACGCGAUCAUGCCGAGCCCACGGGCCAACGCCACGAUGCUGAUCGAUCUCUUCGCCCGCUAUAACCUCUCGGUGAAGGACCUCGUGGCCCUCUCUGGCUCCCACUCCAUCGGCAAAGGCCGCUGCUUUUCCAUCCAAUUCCGCCUCUACAACCAGUCCGGGUCGGGCCGGCCCGACCCGGCGAUCGAGCCGCAUUUCCGGGAAAAGCUGAUGGAUCUGUGCCCGAUGGGCGGCGACGACAACGUGACGGUGGGGCUGGAUUCCACCCCGGUGGUGUUCGACAACGCGUACUUCAGGGAUUUGGUCGGCGGGAGAGGGUUCCUGAACUCCGAUCAGACGCUGUACACUUUUCCGGCGACGAGGAGGUACGUGGAGCGGUACAGCCGGGACGAGGAGGAGUUUUUCCGGGCGUUCGUGGAAGGGAUGGUGAAGAUGGGGGAUUUGCAGUCAGGGAGGCCAGGGGAAGUGAGGAGGAAUUGCCGGGUGGCGAAUGGGGGACGGCCGCCGGCGCCGGCGGGGUUUAGAGUAGAUAGAUGGAUUAGCUAGGUGUCUAAUGCUAGUCCCACGUUAAUGGUGGAAACAGCCGGAUUUCGAUUGGUUGGUAAAGGAGAUGAAUGUAAAUGGAAGAAUAUAGCUUUUCCCUUUUUGCCCCUUUGUCUGGUUGUCUUGCUUGCUUUGUUGCGAUUUGCUGAGCUAGCUUUUGGAUCAUAUCCUUACAGUGAUGGGCUUUCGGUUGGAAUCUGUCAAACCGUUUUUGUUUGUUCUUGCUUGCGAUCAUUAGUCAUAUUACGUACGUCUUCCUUUUGGCGUUUGCUUUGAUCCCUGAUUGUUGUUGUUGUUGUAGUAAUAGCGAGCCUAUUUGUAUUUACCAGAAAUCUAUGCUAUACCCUUCCCACAACCCAAGAAAUGAGAUCGAUAAAAGAAUAGAGAAAGGGUUUUGUGUGCCACUUGUAGUAAUGUAGUCCAAGUCGAAUUUAUGG